CAAAGUCAAUUUCUCGAAACUCGAAACAGCGAUUCCCGGCCAGAAUUCCCGAAGCAAUAACCUAUCCACACCCACUGCCACCCACUCAAAAGCAACAACAACACUAAAAGCAACAGAGACAACAACCGCAACGAGAGAGUAACAAAUUAAAUUUGGUUUUAGCCAUAAAAAAAGCAGCAAACAAGAGGCCAGAGAGAAAGAGGAAGCCCUGAGACAAGAGACAAGAGUGGAGCAGCCGAGUAGCAGAGGAGCGAAGAGCAGGGAGCAGAGAGCAGAAGAGCAGCAACAGCAGGAGCAUCCAUCAGCAAGUGGCAGCCCCAAAAGAAGCCGUUUCAAGCAGCCCAUCAAAAUCCGUUACCGUUCCGUACGACGCGACGCGACGCUCGUUCCGUGGGGGAAACCAGCAACAAAGUCAGAGACAACACAAAUAUGUCGAGCGAUUCGAGUCGGCGUAUCCAGGUGCCCGAGGAGCUGAAGGAGGUCCUCUUGCAGUUCUCCAUUGCGUAUCUGGUGGAGCAGCCCCCGGAUGUGAUCGACUAUGCCGCCGACUAUUUCAAUAAGCUGCAGGCCAAUCGUCCGGCCCCAGUCAACCAGGAUCACAGUCAGGAUGAUCAGCAGAGCAUCAACUCCCAGGAUGGAGAAGAGCCACCCGUUAUGCAAAACUCACGCCGCAAAUCAGUCUUCGCCGAGGCCUACGAUCCGGAGGCGGAUGAUGAUGAUGAGGGAGCCACUGCCAUAUUCCCAAAAACAGAUGAACAGCGUUCCCGUCUGGUCGAGUCGGUGAAAAAUGUUCUCCUCUUCCGUUCGCUCGAAAAGGAACAGAUGAACCAAGUCUUGGAUGCGAUGUUCGAGAGGAAGGUUCAGCCGGGCGAUUAUAUCAUACGCCAGGGCGACGAUGGCGAUAACUUUUAUGUUAUUGAAUCGGGCAUCUACAAAGUCUAUAUUAAUGACAAGCACAUUAACACCUAUAAUCACACUGGACUUUUCGGCGAAUUAGCGCUGCUCUACAAUAUGCCCAGAGCGGCCACCGUGCAGGCGGAAACCAAUGGUCUGCUCUGGGCCAUGGACCGUCAGACCUUCCGACGCAUUCUCCUGAAGUCCGCCUUCAAGAAGCGAAAAAUGUAUGAGGAGUUGUUGAACAACGUGCCCAUGCUCAAGGCCUUGCAGAACUAUGAACGCAUGAAUCUGGCUGAUGCUUUGAUCACAAAGAGCUUCGAGUCCGGCGAACGGAUCAUCAAGCAGGGUGACGCUGCCGACGGCAUGUACUUCAUUGAGGAGGGCACCGUGUCCGUGCGCAUGGAUCAAGACGAUGCCGAGGUGGAGAUAUCGCAGCUGGGCAAGGGCCAGUACUUUGGUGAACUGGCGCUGGUGACACAUCGGCCACGUGCCGCUUCCGUUUACGCCACGGGUGGCCAUGUCCGGCUUGCAUUCCUUGACACGGAGGCCUUUGAACGCAUCAUGGGCUUCCUCACCGACGUGCUCAAGCGUAACAUUGUGAUCUAUGAGCAGAUGUUCACCGAAAUGGCCCGCCGCAACACCAAUCUAUAAACGAUUGGCUCCGUUGGGCUCAGUUCAGUUCAGUUCAGUGAAGAGUAAUCCUAAUCCAAAUUUAUUGUCUAGCUUAUCGAUUUACAAGAAUUAUUAAAAAUUUCCCAGUUCAGUUCA